AUGCACUUUUCCAUUCCUGAAACCGAGUCCCGCAGCGGGGACAGCGGGGGCUCCGCCUACGUGGCCUAUAAUAUUCACGUGAAUGGAGUCCUGCACUGUCGGGUGCGCUACAGCCAGCUCCUGGGGCUGCACGAGCAGCUUCGGAAGGAAUAUGGGGCGAAUGUACUUCCUGCAUUUCCCCCAAAGAAGCUUUUCUCUCUGACACCUGCUGAGGUGGAACAGAGGAGAGAGCAGUUAGAGAAGUACAUGCAAGCUGUUCGGCAAGACCCAUUGCUUGGGAGCAGUGAGACCUUCAAUAGUUUCCUGCGUCGGGCACAGCAGGAGACACAGCAGGUCCCCACAGAAGAGGUCUCUUUGGAAGUGCUGCUCAGCAACGGGCAGAAAGUUCUGGUCAACGUGCUAACUUCAGAUCAGACUGAGGAUGUCCUAGAGGCUGUGGCUGCAAAGCUGGAUCUUCCAGAUGACUUGAUUGGCUACUUCAGUCUAUUUCUAGUUCGAGAAAAAGAGGAUGGAGCCUUUUCAUUUGUACGAAAGUUGCAAGAGUUUGAACUGCCUUAUGUGUCUGUUACCAGUCUUCGGAGUCAAGAAUAUAAGAUUGUGCUGAGGAAGAGUUAUUGGGACUCUGCCUAUGAUGACGAUGUCAUGGAGAACCGGGUUGGCCUGAACCUGCUUUAUGCUCAGACGGUAGCAGACAUUGAGCGUGGAUGGAUCCUGGUCACCAAGGAGCAGCACCGGCAGCUCAAAUCGCUGCAGGAGAAGGUCUCCAAGAAGGAGUUUCUGCGGCUGGCCCAGACGCUGCGGCACUACGGCUACCUGCGCUUCGACGCCUGUGUGGCUGACUUCCCCGAGAAGGACUGUCCAGUGGUGGUGAGCGCAGGCAACAGUGAGCUCAGCCUCCAGCUCCGCCUGCCUGGCCAGCAGCUCCGUGAAGGCUCUUUCCGGGUCACCCGCAUGCGGUGCUGGCGGGUCACCUCCUCUGUGCCACUGCCCAGUGGAGGCACAAGCAGCCCCGGCCGGGGCCGGGGUGAGGUGCGCCUGGAACUGGCUUUUGAAUACCUCAUGAGCAAAGACCGGCUACAGUGGGUCACCAUCACCAGCCCCCAGGCUAUCAUGAUGAGUAUCUGCUUGCAGUCCAUGGUAGAUGAACUGAUGGUGAAGAAAUCUGGCGGCAGUCUCAGGAAGAUGCUGCGCCGGCGGGUUGGGGGCACCCUGAGACGCUCAGACAGCCAGCAAGCCGUGAAGUCACCACCAUUGCUUGAGUCACCAGACGCUAGUCGGGAGUCCAUGGUCAAACUCUCAAGCAAGCUGAGUGCUGUGAGCCUGCGGGGGAUUGGCACUCCUGGUACAGAUGCCAGUGCCAGUGAUGUCCACGGCAAUUUUGCCUUCGAGGGCAUUGGAGACGAGGACCUGUGA